AUGCGGGACAUCUGUCGAGGGUCUCGAGAAGGCGCCGUGUGCCUCGGAGCGUCGAUCAAGAACUGCGGUCAGACAAUUCAGUGGAGCGCGGCACUGCGGUUGCUCCGCGAAGGAAUUCGGUUAGGUGUGCAACUUGUCCCAAGCCACUACGUUGCGACUGUCGGCGCAUGCAGAAAAGGCGGGCAGUGGCAACACGCGCUGUCAGUGUUCAGUGAGAUGUUGGAGGCGAAGCUGGAGCCCAACGUCAUCUCUCCUUCAGCUACAACGCUGGGAUCAGCGCGUGCGAGAAGG